AUGGAGAAAACCGCCGACUGUCUCCCUUAUAAUCCUAACAUUCCCACUCCCUUCGGCUACCGUCCCUCCCUCGUAGCCGGAAUCGUCUUCAUGAUCCUCUUCGCGGGAGUUACAGUCGGCCACGUGUGGCAAUCCUUCCGGCAUCGAAACAUCUGGCUCGGACUAGCCUUCUCCCUGGGUGCCUUCGGCGAAUUUACCGGCUGGCUGGCCCGUACGGUGGCAUACCGCUGCCCGUACUCUGUCAAGCUGCUCGAGAUGCAGCUGGCCGCACUAAUCAUGGCCCCCGCCUUCACAACAGCCGGCAUCUACGGCGUCCUCAGUCUAAUGAUCCCCCUCAUCGGAGAGGACAAAUCCCCCCUCCGCCCAAAGUCAUACCUCCUCAUCUUCAUGACAGUCGACUUCUUCAGCCUCCUCCUCCAAGCCGUGGGCGGCGGCCUCGCUGGCGCAGCCUUCAGCCAGAAUACCUCCCCCUGGCCGGGAACCAACACCAUGGUAGCCGGGAUCCUCUGGCAGCUACUGUCAACCUGUGUGUUUGCGACGCUGCUCGAGUACGUGAUCUACCGCGGGCUGGGGCCGAUAUCCCGGAAUCCAGCUCUGCGGCAGAUCGCGCUGGCGUUGAUGGUUGCGGUGACGUGUAUGGUUGCGCGGGGGGUGUACCGCAGCAUGGAGCUGGUGAAUGGGUGGCGGGGCUACCUGUUUACGCAUGAGGUGUAUGCGAUUAUUCUUGAUGCGGCGCUGAUGUUUGUUGCGAGUUUGGUAUUGUGGGUUUGGAAUCCGGCGGUUUUGAUUGUGGAGGCGAGGGAGGAUGCAAGGCAGAUGCAAGCUGGGGUGGAGUUGAGGGCUGAGCAGGGGGGGAAGAAGUGA